GAUAGGCAUCCUCUUACCCUCGCUCAGGUUACUGAAAGUGUCAGGGAAGCAGAAGGUCCUAUUACAUGGGGUAUUUUCCAUAACUCGUAAUCAGUGAAACUGGAAUAUUUCACCAUUUAGGUCUAGAACUGUCUGUGACUAAAGGCAGCACAGUAGUUUGCAGGCUGCAAACAAGAUGCAAAGGAAGACAGGCAGGAAUCAAGUACACUUUUUCCAGAAAAAUUUAAAAUCUUAAAAUAAAGCAAGUCUUGAUUAAAGUCCACAAACACUUUAAAAAAAGCACUAGUAAGCUAAUUGUCAACCAUAGUGCAAUACAAAACAGGUUACAGGACUUAAUUUUAUUUAUUUGAUUUGUUCCCUGCUUUGCUGUCAAAAAUGGUUAUCAAGGUGGCUAUCAAGGAUUCAUUACUACUUGUUACCUCACCAGGUUUCAUGCUGGAGUUUUCUUUUGAAGUUCUUUUAAGGAUCCACCAUUUCAGAUGCUGCCACGAUGGAACUGAGCUGCACUGAAGUACCUCUUUAUGGACAAGUUACUGUAUAUGGAAAACUGGACAAAAUUCUCCCAGAGGAUGCUGAAUUUUACUUUGUUUACCAUGGUUCUAUCCAGAGACAUGUGUCUUUUGCCAAGCUCAUUACUGAUAAUACCCUUGAAUCUAUUAUUCCAGCUCACAGAGAGCAAGAAGAGGUUUCUGUGUCGGUGAUCAUGUACCCAAAGGAAGGUGCACCUAUGACCCUGGAUUUCUCAUCUGUAACUUACAAGCAGGACACAGCUUGUGAGAUAGCAUGCUUUCUGGUGAGCCAUGUGGAUUGCCUCACAUCUUCCAGCCAUGAUACACUUCUCAGUACGUUUGGUUUAACGUCAGAGGAUUUCCGGUCAAUGGAUCAUGCCUUAACACUUGCUAUGGCCUAUAAAGAAAUGCCGCCUGCUUGGAAUAUCAUUGGAAGUAGUUCAGAAGAUGAAUCUAAACACAAAGAAACACUUCUCCAUCUCACAAUGGGAUUGGGCUUGGUUAAAUUAUCCCAGUUCCUGUACUUCCAGCCAGGUGGGGCAGUUGCAGUCAUAUUACCUAAUGAAGAUGGAUUGACACCACUGGACCUGGCAUUACAGAAUGGACAUUUAAGACUCGUUGAAAUUUUCUCCAAAAGGCAAGUUAUUCAUCCGUUUGAGAUUUCUACAGUGGAGCUUAGUGAGAAUGCUGUCUUACAAUUUGCUCAUUCAACAAGAACUCUUUCACUGACACUUAAUCGUAUGGCAGACCAUUUGUUAGAAUCUGACAUUCAGCUCUUCAGGAAAUACUUCUGGGAUACUGAUUUUCCACACAAGAAUCUUAGUCCAAUACAAGAUGGGACACUUGGAGAAGUGCAGUUGACUUGCAGCUCUACAACUUCUGCAGCAGAAGAUCUGGGGGAUUUGGUAACUGAGGAGCCAUCUCCUAAACAUGAAGAAGUGACGUUUUACAGAGACCAGUUGAUUCAGCCUAUUGAAAAUGAAGAUGAUACUGUGUUGGAUUUAGUUCAGCUGCAUUCUCCAUUUGAAGCUUAUAAGAAAACUUCAAAUCCUUCCACCUUCUUUGCUGCAGCCAGACUUUCUGCUAUGCUGAAUGGAAGUGAUGAGGUUUACGCAAACCGCAUGGUAGUGGAUCAAAUGGAAGAUGCUGGUGUCCAGUGUGAUGAUGUUGGCCACUCUGCAUCUGAAACAUACACAGAUGUCAUAGACCCAAAUGAUGACCCAGAAGCCCUUGCCAGUAGCAUGAACCGAAACAAUCCAUCACCUUUCCUUCAGUCUAAUUUGGAUGCAGCAGAUUCAUGCACACCUCUCAAGAAGACACUCACAUUUGCCAAUCAACGAAAUCAACGCUAUUCCAUCAUGAAAAAAAGAAGUUCCAGUCUCGAUGACUUGGAUGUAGACAAUGGAGCUGAAAGAAUUUCUAACCAGUCCCAUAACUGCUACCCUUUAAUGUCCUUCAACACGCCUGUAGCCUUGAGUCGAAGGGGUGUUUUAGGUUCUUCAGAGACAGCCACUGAACUGGAUUUUAACAUGAGCAGGGCUGAAUCACUUCCUUUGUCCAGCAAUCUGCAGUCAAAGGAAUCAGUGUUGUCUGGAAUCCGAUCUCGUUCAUACUCUUACACUUCACCUAAAGUCUUACCUCGGAAACCCUACUUUCCACAGGACUUAUGUGAUUCAAAUGAUGAUCAACAAGCAUUCAGCUUGUCUGAACAGCCAGACAAAAGGAUUCAGGAAGAAGAAUGGACUAAGUACCUUAUGCCUACAAAAUCAGAAUCUGAAAAAUAUAAAGUCAGUCGUACGUUCAGCUUUUUGAUGAACAGAAUGGCCAGUACACGAAAUAAAUCCAAGGCCAAAAAUAAAGAAGUAAAAGAGAAGGAGAAAUUUAACAGGCACCAAUUUGUUUCUGGGACUUUCACUGGAGUAAUGCCAUGUUUUGCCUGUGAGAAAGCACUUUUGGGGAAAGAGUCCUUGCAGUGUUCUUAUUGCAAUGCCAUUGUGCAUAAAAAUUGUAAGGAAUGUGCUCCUGCAUGUACAAAGAAAAGCCAAGAUAAGUGCCAAAUGAAGAACAGGAUGCAAACUGUCCAGACAAAUCCAUCAUUCAGAGAUAUUCCACAGCCAACAUUCUCCACAGUGCAGCCUUCUACCUCAACACCUAUUGGAUCAUCUACUGUAAAAAAAGAUGUGUUGCAACAACAGCACUCCUUAUCCAGAAGUGUUCCAAGUACUGGCUUUGAAAGAAAAUAUGUAUCACCUUUGGAGGCAGAUGUGAAUACCAGCAGCUGGAGAUCAAGAUCACACUCUGAGGAGCUAUUGCAGUCAGUAGGGACUACUUCAUCAGUUGACUCUUUGAUCAUUGAAGAUGACGUUGAUGCCUCUUUAUGGAGCAAUCUCAGCACUGACACCUUGGAAUUUGAAGCUGAAUCUUGGAGUCUUGUUGUGGACCCAUCAUUUUGUAACAAACAAGAAAAAGAUGUUAUCAAACGACAAGAUGUGAUUUUUGAGCUGAUGCAAACUGAAGUUCAUCACAUCCAUACUUUAUUCAUUAUGUCUAAAAUAUUCAGAAAAGGAAUGAAAGAAGAAUUACAAUUGGACCACAGCACAGUGGACAAAAUAUUUCCUUGCUUAGAUGAGCUUCUAGAACUGCACCAGCAAUUUUUCUGUAGAAUGAAAGAGAGACGUCAGGAAUCCGCUCAGGAGGGAAGCGAUAGAAAUUUUAUAAUCAACCGAAUUGGAGACAUCCUUGUACGGCAGUUUUCAGAGGAGAAUGCAGACAAAAUGAAAGCCAUAUACGGAGAAUUUUGUAGUCAUCAGAAGGAAGCAGUCAGCCUUUUCAAAGAACUGCAACAAAAUAAAAAGUUUCAGAACUUCAUCAAACUACGGAACAGUAACCUUUUGGCCCGACGUCGUGGAAUCCCAGAAUGCAUUCUGCUUGUCACUCAAAGAAUCACGAAGUACCCAGUUCUAGUUGAAAGAAUACUGCAAUAUUCCAAAGAAGGGACUGAAGAACACAGAGAUUUAUGUAAAGCCCUUUCCCUGAUCAAGGAUAUGAUUGCAGCAGUUGAUUUGCAAGUCAAUGAAUAUGAGAAAAAACAAAAAUUGCUGGAGAUUCUCAGCAAGAUUGAAAACAAAACAUAUACCAAGUUGAAAAAUGGGCAUAUUUUCAGGAAACAGGAUUUGCUCAAGAAACAGAGAACACUUUUGCAUGAAGGCUUAGUCUACUGGAAAACAGCCACAGGUCGUUUCAAAGAUACAUUAGCUUUACUUCUAAAUGAUGUGAUGCUGUUUCUACAAGAAAAAGACCAGAAAUAUAUAUUUGCAGCUGUUGACCAAAAGCCAGCUGUGAUAGCUCUUCAGAAACUUAUUGUAAGAGAGGUAGCCAAUGAAGAAAGAGGGAUGUUCCUGAUUAGCGCCUCAUCCACAGGACCCGAGAUGUAUGAAAUUCAUACAAGUUCCAAAGAGGAGCGCAGUCACUGGAUGAGGCAGGUUCAAGAGGCAGUGGAAAGUUGUCCAGAGGAAGAAGGAAAAAUGAGUGAGUCUGAUGAAGAUAGAAGAAUAGCUGAAGCCAGAUCAGCCAAAAUCCAAAAAUGUCAAGUAAUCUUAAGUAACCAAGACCAGCAGAUCUGUAACUGCUUGGAGGAGAAGCUGAAUAUUUAUGCAAAACUUGGAGAUAUGAGUGGGUUUGAAGAUGUUCAUGUAGAACCACACCUGCUUAUAAAACCUGACGCAGGAGAAACACCUCAAGUGGCCUCACUCCUUGCUGCAGCUCUUAAAGAAGCAGAAAGCCUCCACAUGGCUGUAACAUUAUCACAAGUAAAUGAAACAAAUCAUUCACCAGAAGAGAGUAUUGGGGAACCUAGCUUGACAACCCUCAAUGAAGCUGAAGACUAUGAAUCUUUCAUAGAUUCUGCAGAACAAAAGGCAAAGACAGAGCUUUGUGAUUCAGAUCUUUGUGAUGGAAACAAUGGGAUAGAAACUGAUAUGCUAGACCAGGAAGGAAGUACAUGCUGUACUGCUUCAGCCCAAACUGAGGUUGUACAGACCAUCCAGAAUUUAACCCGGCUCUUGUACAGCAUACAGGCAGCCUUAACCAUCCAGGACACUCACAUCGAGAUCCACAAGUUGCUUCUUCAGGAACAUGAAAGAUCCUCCUGGAGCCUCAGUUCUCGCAGCCCCUCCUCCCUUCUAGAGCAAGAAAAACAACGGAACUUCAAAUCAAAGGAGGAACUAGCCAGUAUCCAGAAGCUUCAGCACCAAUUUCAGCAAGAGCAGCAGCGGUGGCACCGCGAGUGUGAGCAACGUCAGCAGGAGCACGAGAGGAGAGAGAGCCUAUUGCUGGAGAAGGAGAAGGACUGCCUGAACCAAGAAGAGUUGCUUUGCAAAAACCGGGGAGAGCUGGAUGUUCAGCUGCAGGAUUACCAGCAGAACUUGGAGAGACUCAGGGAAAGCCAAAGAAUGGUGGAGAAGGAACGGGAAACAGUCAAGCUGCAACAAAGGAUCUUACAUCAUUGGAAGCACAGCCGGCAAAAUAGUCUUCCUGUGGAGUUCCCAUUGGGAAACAAUGAGAUCAUGAGACACUAUCAGUCGGACAAUUUUUGUGAUGAGAAUUCAGUGCUCAUAAAUGAAGCCAUAGUACAGAUGUCAUUAAACCGUCUCAACAGAUCAAAUUCAACUAUAGUUUACCAGGACAGUGAGCAUAGUAUAAACCUGCCAAAUUCAGGUUUAUCAAGGACUACUGAAAAUCAAGUCAACCUCAACAUGGACAUUGCUUGUCCACAAAUGUUCACUGAUGAUCACUCAAAAUGCACGGCUUUCAGUCAUCAUACAUCUUCCUCCAGUACAAACCACAGAGAUGCUUCUAACAAUCGUGGUUCCAUGGAAAAUAUGAACAGCAGGGUGAAUUCAGUUAGUGAAGAUUUCGUGAGGAAUCCAGUAAUGAAUUCAGAUCUGUCACCCAAAAGCCAAACACCCAGGUAUCAAGACUUGAAUACAUUGCGAAACCAGUCCCCAAGAUCACAGGCUUCAGGUCAUGUUGAUGGUCAAGCCUUGCAUCAUUCAGAUGUUCUGCUGCACAAUCUACCUUGUGACCUGGGACAAGAUUCAGAAAGUGGAGGCACUGAGGAAAAGAUUGUUUAUCUGUAAUCUUUUCUCUUUAUCCAUCAAUAGCACUUUGCGAUAACUUUUCUAAUUGUUCGUAGUUGCUCUUAUCCAAAUGGCAUUGAAGAUAUGUUAUUUAUUACAAAUAAUGAAAAGUUUUCCAUAUCCAUAGGAUAAUAAAUUAUUUUUUACAUAUGUCUGUAAUAUUUAUAUCACAACACACAAGUCUGAAACACUCUGCAAGCAACAUUAAAUGUUGGCUGGCUCUAAAGAAGCAGUGGCAUGAAUGCGUAGUGGGAUCAUCAUAAUUGUCCUAUAGAUGGAAAUGCUGCCAUGCCGAAUUCAAGCUGACCAUUCAUUGUGUAGCUAGAUCUAUAACUAAAAGAAGGAUAUAAGGUUUAAUAAACAACACAGCAAUUUCUUUUUUUAAAAAAGAGUGGUACAGAUGAAACCAUGAGAAAGCAAAAAAGCUCUGAUUUGGUUGAUAAUAAAGUCCAGCAAAAGAGGCAGAGGCAGGGGGUGGCAGGAGCUUAAAAAAACACCAUCUAACUCCACUCCUAUGCUCAGUAUCAUGGUGCACAAGGCCGCAACAUGCACCAUGUUGGUCUCUGCCCCCAGAGACCACAAUGUUCCAUAGUGCAGGCUAGGAGCCAGAUUCUCUCUGCAUUCUUUGUUGUGUUUACUCAACCAUGUGGUGUUAUUGGCCAGCACAGCAUAAGUAAGAUUUAGACCAGUAGGGGGAACUGUGUUCUGUGGCCUUCUAGAAUGAUGUUGAACUGUACUUCCCAGAAUUCCUCACCACCGAGUACACUGUCGAGGACUGCUGAGAGGUGUAUUUGAACAACAUCUAGAAGGCUGCAUAAUUCCUACCCUGGUCAUCUCAAUUUUCUUGGGCCCAUGUAAGUCUGUCAGCAGAAAAAAUAUGUAAAUACACUAUCAUUAUCAUGAUUUGUGGAGAGAAGACUAAAGCCUAAAAAUCCCUACCUUGUAGAGAGCUUAAUAGAGGUUAAUGUUCUUUUCAAGUUCUUUCAUCCUUUCCUGUGAAUGGAGAAACAUACCUGAAAUAUUUCUCAAGUAAUUCUAGAAAAGGACUCUUUUGGAUCUCGGCUUCCUACAGGGACAAUACUAUACUACUACUACAGAAAGUAUUCUGCCAAAUUAGAUUAAAACACCUUGUUUUACAAUGGAUAUUUGAGCUAUAGCCUAAGACAGACUUUAUUUUAAAAGUAUGGAGAUUCAGGAAAUCAAUUCCCAGUGUCAACUUAGCCACUUGAGGAUUCUACUGAUUUCUUUUGCAGUGGUUUGUAUCACAAAGCCAGUUUCCUCUAGCAUGGAUGUAACUUGCUUUCAUAGCACUCUAGACCAGUUUUUGUGAUGUAUAGCAUUAUAUUUUGUUCUUGGCCACAGUGAGUGCCUUCUUAUGGAACCAUUAAAAUUCAUUACAUAAUCUUCCAAGAAACUGAGAGAGGAAGGAUUUUUAAAAAGCCUAACCAAAAUACACUCCCCACUCCCAUAGACAUGGACUAUGAAUCAGUGUAUUGCUUUCAGGACACAGACCUUUGAUACCUUAUAGAGUAAUAGAUAAAAGUGUUUUUCUGUCCAUUUGGGGGACAUAAUAGUAUACUUUUUGAAUUUAAUAAAUGUUCUACAUCUCCCCACA